CCAACUCUCAAUUCAUCGGAAAAUCAUCAACCAUUGAUAAAACACAUUCUACAAACAAAAACACUCGCUUUUGCUAUUCCUACUUUGUUGUGAAUCAUCACUAUGUCGAUAAUUCCAAGUGUGUUCAGCACAGGACGAAGAACCAACGUAUUCGAUCCUUUUUCUCUAGACUUAUGGGACCCAUUCCAGGAUUUCCAGCUGGCCAGAUCCGCCACUGGAACCACCAACGAGACGGCAGCUUUCGCUAACGCACAUAUUGAUUGGAAGGAAACACCGGAGGCUCACGUGUUCAAGGCUGAUCUACCGGGAGUGAAGAAGGAAGAAGUGAAAGUUGAAAUAGAAGAAGAUCGUGUGCUCAAGAUAAGCGGAGAGAGGAAAACUGAAAAGGAAGACAAGAACGACACUUGGCAUCGUGUUGAACGUAGUCAGGGGAGUUUCCUCCGCCGUUUCAGGUUGCCGGAAAAUGCUAAGGUUGAUGACGUGAAGGCUGGUAUGGAGAAUGGUGUGCUUACUGUUACUGUUCCUAAGGAGGAAUUUAAGAAGCCCGAAGCUAAGCCCAUUCAUAUUACGGGCUAAGCCCAUUUACUCACACUUGGCAUGUUGAUGCUCACGUAUGAAUAAAAUGUAUUAAGAUGAUGAAAUAAUAAGUAUUAGUGUGUAGCUGAGUUCCAGGUUUAGGAGAUUGAGACACAUGCUACGAAUUAUGUGUGUGGUUUGUCUGUGAGUGUUAUAUUCUGUUCUGUUUAGUGUGCAUGUCAAAAGCUUUUUAUUAAGAGAAAUGAUAUUC